UCAAGUGUUGAUUCAAGUCGCACUUUCGUACUUGGUAAUAGACGAAAGAACAAACGAAAUGUCUAUGACUCGUUGAUACGUUACCAACGUGCACAUCGAUUCGCAAGAAUAAUGAAACGAAGGAUUUAUCUACGCCGCAAGGCUGCGUGGGAACGAGAUGACCCAGAAGAGACGUUCAGCGUAGACUCUGCCAGUAGCGUAUGUGGGUCGGGCAAGGAAGACUCAUUGAGUCAAGAAUCUGCCCACGGACAAGGCAACAAUAAUGAACACGUCAGUGUUCAUACUGAAGCAUCUAGCUUUACCCCUCCCGUCCAAAAUGAACCCGUCAAUCAACAAAAUGUUGGGAAUAACCCGAACGCUGAUGGUCAACCCGACCUUGUGAUUCCCACAUUCCUGGCAAAUGUAUUACAACAGAUAGCCAACGCACCAAUGUUUCAACCACCUCCACCACCGCCACCACGAGUGAUAACCUACAAAACAUUAAGGGAUAACGGUGCAGAAUUAUUCCUUGGGGAUCGCAUCGGUGAACCCCAAAUUGCAUGGGACUGGAUCGAGCAGACUGCUCGAGUGUUGGAGGAUCUUAAUGUACCCAUUGGCAACUAUCCUCGACUGGCGUCUCAGCUGCUUCGCAAGGAAGCCUACGAGUGGUGGAAGAGGACUGAUGACAGUGCAGGAACCCCUAAGCCAUGGACAUGGACACAUUUCGAAUGGGCAUUCAAACAAGAAUAUAUUCCAAAACGUUUUAGUGAAGAAAAACGUAAGGAAUUUGUCGAAUUGCAACAGGGAGACAUGACACUCCCCGAGUAUCGUCAGAAGUUUACCAGUCUUGCUAAGUUUGCACCAACCUUGGUGAGUACCCCAACCGAUCGCAUCGAGGAAUUCAGGAAGAAGCUUCGACUUGACCUUAGGUUGCGUGUGUCCGUUCUAACCACCGUGGAUUUCGCGGAGGCCUAUGAUCUCAUAGCCAGGGCAGACAGCGACUUGAGUGCUUGCAUUGAGUAUCUGAAGACAAAUAAUACGCACUCUGUGGCAUCGGAAAACAAAUCAAAAUGGGGGAAACACCCAUUGUGCGAUACAUGUGGGAGACAUCAUCCAGGCGAGUGUUGGCUUGCCCAAGGAUUAGUGGGGAUUGCCCCACUAAUCCUGGCAAACCAUUUCCGACAGCCCCAGUUGUCAGUCAAUCAGCAUCAGCACGACUUGCGCCAACUCAACGAUCAACGGCGGGAUCUAAUCCGGCCAAGAACCAGAGUCAGCAACAGGGACGAGCUCCUGCUCGUACUUAUGCAAUGAAGGCACGAGCUGAGGAGAACCCUGACGUCAUUCAGGAAAAAAAAAGGUUUCGGCCAUCACAUUUCUUAGAGAGAGAAAGUUUAUUUUGUGUUCCAUUAAUAUCAUUUUGUGUAUAGAAAAUAUCUAUAAUAUUUUCUAAAUAUUAUUAGAAAUAUUUUCUAUAGAAAUAUACAAGAUUAUUAUUAUCCCAAUUUUAAUCUUUAUAUUUUAUACUACUAUAAUCUUUACUAGCAUAAAGAUUGUGGUAGACUCCGGCGUUGUUCGUGUGUCAAAGUUGAAGACCGGACGCUUGAACGGUUACGUUUGCACUUUCAACGCUCUUCCUACGACUUCUUCAUUUUUACCGCUUACGAAGAAAGAAAAUAUUUACUGCCGUAGUAUUUUUCUAGAACUAUGUGGGUAAGCGCGGUUCAUCCGGUAUGAUAUGCAUGGUGGAUGAUUGUGGCUAUAGUUUAUUUGAUUAUAAUACGGCCUGCGUGUCGUGCCUUAUCUCUUAAACUCUUGUUGUAAAUCUAUUUCUCUCUCUUACCUCAACCGAGGAUUCUUUUCUCACGUGGUGGUUUGAAGACAAAAAGAUUUGAAGACCGUUUGAAGAAAUCUAAAAGAAUGGAGAUAGCCCGAAGUCCAAGUGCCCGAAUGCCCGUGGGAGCUUGAUUUGCAGUAUAGAACGGGCAAAAAUAACAACUAAAAAGAAUCCCUUGUA